UCAGUUUCUGAAUAUUGUGUUCAGGGGCAAAAAGAAGAAGAUGAUUUCAGAGGAAACUGACUUUAUUCAUUUAUAAAAAUAUAUAUAAAUAUAAAGUCUCUGCUGUAAUGCUGCAUGUCUCUCUCACCUUAUCAUCACACUGUUAGUUUGAAUGUGAUCAUGAGAAAUUCCUUGUUGAUCUGAUCUGAGAGAGUGAAGAGUGUGUCAUUGUUCUCUACAGGUUGAGUAAUUGUGGUGUCACAGAUGAAGGUUGUGCUGCUCUGGCUUCAGCUCUGAGAUCAAACCCCUCACACCUGAGAACACUGAAUCUGUCUGGGAAUAAACUAGGAGACUCGGGAGUGAAGAUGUUUUCUGCUGCACUGGAGAAUCCUCACUGUAAACUGGAGACACUGUGGUUGAGUUAUUGUGGUGUCACAGAUGAAGGUUGUGCUGCUCUGGCUUCAGCUCUGAGAUCAAACCCCUCACACCUGAGAGAACUGUAUCUGUCUGAGAAUAAACUAGGAGACUUUGGAGUGAAGCUGCUCUCUGAUCUGAAGGAUGAUCCACAUUAUAAACUGCAGAUACUAACGAUUAACAGUCUGAUCUCCUCAUGAUCAUCUGAUGGUGAAUAAGGAUCCACUACAGAGACUCACAGUCAACAGAAUCAACAGACUGAAGAUACAGUGACUUCACUGUUAUAAAUUAAGAUUCAUUUAGAUUUUAACGAUCCUCUGACAGACCUGAUGAGGCGGCAGUGAAGAUCCUUUUAUUUCAGAGCAACAAACUACAGUUUCUCAUUCAUUGAUUAAUCAUUUUAUUUGUAUAAACACAGUAUAAAUUCAAAAAGGCUGAAGUUUUGUUACAUAGAAAAUACAGAGCCUGAAUAUAUUUAUAUUUGUGUUUUACCAGCAGAGGGAGACAAAGACUAAUGAAAGAUUCAUUUUUCAUGAUUAUG